AUGUCUCUUCGUGAUUCCAAUGUCGUGAUACUUGAAACCAGCAGAACAUCCAUCCGCGCUGGACUGGGCCUGCAUGAUCUCCUGAAAACGCCCACCGUCGAUAUCCCGGCGCGUGUGGGAUUGAGAAAAUCGGGAACCAAUGGCGUGGAAGACCCCUCUGCCUCGACUAGCCGUGCUGCUAGCUCGAAACCCAAUGGCACCAAUGGGGGACCUCAGGUGCACGACUAUCUCGUCGGUGUGCAGUUGGAUGAAGCGCUUGCUGGGCCUGGGGCCGAAGAUGUUGUCGUAUCAUGGCCAUUCCUGAAUGGAACAGUGUCUGACUGGACACAAGCUGAAGCACUAUGGAAAUACGUGCUCUUCAACCAACUUCAACGACGUCGCGCUCAAAAUGAGUCGCCAGUCCUUCUCACCCUUCCCGUUCCUGUUCCCUCGCGUACCGAAUACGAAACUGCUUGUCAAGUCUUUUUUGAACGGUUCAAUGUACCCGCAUUCGCCAUCCUCGACCGCCCUCUCGCCCAACUCUAUUCUGCCAACUCUCUCUCCGGAGUAGUCGUCGACAUCGGGCUCGAAACCACAGAUAUAACACCGAUUAACGAGGGAACGCUCGUUCACCAUGCAAAGUUGUCGACGAAAGUAGGAACUCGGACGUGCAAACAUUACCUCGCACACCUGUUAAAGAGCAAUUCGAGCGUGAUGCAAGCUAUUUCGCCGGCUUCGAACCCGCUUCCAGACGCAGAACUCCAUUUCACGCUCGUACGACUGGCGAAGCAGCUGGUCGCGGCUGGAUUGAUCAAACCUCCCUCUUCUGGAGAAUUGGCAGCCCCGCCUGAAGAUGAAGGCGUGACGGAUAUCGCGGCUGUGGUUGUGGCAGGAAAGGAACGCGCCGUGAUCGAGAGUGGGAUGAAGAAAAAGAUGAACGCGAAAGCUACAGCAGCGGAGCUGGCGAGGGCGAAGGAAAUCGAGGCUAUGGAUUUGGUUACCGUCGAGUUUGAGGGGAAGGAGGUGACUGUUGGAAAGGAGAGACAUAGGUUUUGUGAACCGAUUUUUGAUCCUGAGAUUGUCGAAUCUCUGGGAUUAGAAAAGUUCGCUGCGCUAGAUGCGACUGGUGCAACAAGCAAUCUGAGCGUGGCGAAGGGGGAGGAAGGAUUACCGCCUGUGACAUUGACCGAUGCGGAGGGGCAGAAGAUUAGAGCGCUGCAGGAGACAGUUGGGAGGGCUGUUAACCUCGUGGAUGUGGACCUCAGACAGUAUCUCUGGCAGGGCUUGUUGGUUACUGGAGAAAUUACGCGGUUUGUCAAGGGCAUUGGUAUCUCCCUCCAAUCACGACUGCAACCAUUCCUAACUGCUUCGGGUCUUGACACCGAUGUUCAACCCCGAGCAAUCCGUGUCAUUAACGUUCCCGAGUAUUAUGCUGAAUAUAGAGACACGGGCAAUGGUUAUUCUGCUUUCUUGGGCAGCAGCAUUGUCGCAAAAAUUAUCUUCAACGACAACAGCCAGUCGAAUUAUGUUUCUAAGGCUGACUAUACCGCCAAGGGGCCACAUGCAAUCAUAGAAAGUACCCCAUCGUUGUUGUAA